UAUCCUUUGAUGCGCUCUGAACGGUGUCUGAAACUACGGCAGCACCCGCUAUUCCUGCGUUUCUUCUGGCGGUUGCAGCAUCCUAUCCGAACCGUUUCUGAGCCGUUCGAUCCGAUCUGAUUAUCGAUUAUCAUGUUUCAUAAGUAGGGCCCGGAUGUUUCAAAGAUGCACUGGUUCGUUUUUUUAGGUGGUUCCAGCGAUUAUCCUUUCCUGAUCUUUAGUUCCAUAAUGGGGAUAAGGUAAUAUUAACUAAGCCGCAAGAGAAGGAAUAUCUUACGCUUUGCUCCCCCCCAUUUUCCCCUUCAUUGGGUUGGUUUUCCUACCCCUCCUUUUGCAACAUUUUUCUUCAUUCAUCUUCGGAUAAAGCUGGACUACAUAUAUGGUAAAUGAAAGCAAAAACAUGUACAUACCGGAGGACACCCUUGAAAACCAUCAAGGCUCCAACUACUCCAGUCCAUCGUUGGCUCCGGUUGCCAGUCUGAAUGAGGAUGAGCAUGUGGGGGGUGGGGGUGGUGUGCUGGGUCUUGCACCUGAACACAUUCCCACCCCUGGCGCCCCCCUCAGCUGGCAGGCUGCCAUAGAUGCGGCACGGCAGGCCAAGCUGAUGGGCACCACUGGAGCCCCAAUUUCCACUGCGAGCUCCACGCAGCGCAAACGCCAGCACUACACCAAACCCAAGAAACAGGCCAGCACUGCCUCCACGCGCCCACCCCGAGCCCUUCUCUGCCUCACUCUUAAAAAUCCCAUCCGCAGGGCGUGCAUCAGUAUCGUGGAAUGGAAACCAUUUGAAAUCAUAAUUUUGAUGACUAUUUUUGCAAACUGUGUGGCCUUAGCUGUCUACAUCCCUUUCCCUGAGGAUGAUUCCAACGCAACCAACUCCAACCUGGAACGGGUGGAGUAUCUCUUUCUGAUCAUUUUUACGGUGGAAGCGUUUCUGAAAGUGAUUGCGUAUGGGCUGCUGUGUCACCCGAAUGCAUACCUGCGGAACGGCUGGAAUCUGUUGGAUUUCAUCAUCGUGGUGGUAGGGCUUUUCAGUGCAAUAUUAGAGCAGGCCACUAAAGGGGAUGGUGGGACUUCAAUGGGAGGCAAGGCUGCAGGUUUUGAUGUAAAAGCUCUGCGAGCCUUUAGAGUGUUGAGACCUCUGAGACUCGUGUCUGGAGUUCCUAGUUUACAGGUGGUGCUGAACUCCAUCAUUAAAGCCAUGGUUCCCCUCUUGCACAUCGCUCUGCUUGUUCUGUUCGUCAUCAUCAUUUACGCAAUCAUCGGCCUUGAGCUAUUCAUGGGCAAGAUGCACAGAACCUGCUUCUUCUUCAGAGACGGACACAAAGGUCAAGACUUUAUCUUUUUUAGCAUUUGUUUUUCCCUCGUUAUAGUCAUCACAUUCAUUUCAGAUCAGCUGACAAAGUCCUGUUUACUUUCGGGUCCUAUAGCUGAGGAGAAGCCAGCCCCCUGCGCACCAAGCUCUGCACAUGGACGACACUGCUCGCCCCCCAACGUCACGCAGUGCAUGAUGGGUUGGGAGGGACCAAAUGAUGGAAUCACAAACUUUGAUAACUUUGCAUUUGCCAUGCUGACUGUGUUUCAAUGCAUCACAAUGGAGGGAUGGACGGACGUCCUGUACUGGAUGCAGGACGCCAUGGGUUAUGAGCUUCCGUGGGUCUAUUUUGUCAGUCUGGUCAUCUUUGGAUCCUUUUUCGUUCUAAAUCUGGUUCUGGGUGUGUUGAGUGGAGAGUUCUCAAAAGAACGAGAAAAGGCCAAAGCCCGUGGUGAUUUCCAGAAGCUUCGUGAGAAACAGCAGCUGGAGGAGGAUCUGAAGGGCUACCUGGACUGGAUCACACAGGCGGAAGAUAUCGACCCCGAGAAUGAUGAUGAAGGACUGGAUGACGAUAAGCCUAGAAAUCUGAGUAUGCCGGCCAGUGAAAAUGAGUCUGUGAACACCGAUAACGCUCCAGCCGGUGAUAUGGAAGGAGAAACCUGCUGUACUCGCAUGGCAAAUAGGAUCUCCAAAUCCAAAUUCAGUCGUUAUUCUCGCCGGUGGAAUCGGUUAUGUCGGCGAAAGUGCCGUGCAGCAGUGAAAUCGAACGUGUUUUACUGGCUGGUGAUUUUCCUGGUAUUUUUGAACACACUAACCAUUGCCUCUGAGCACCACCAGCAGCCGGACUGGCUCACUAAUGUACAAGAUAUUGCCAAUAAGGUGUUGCUGGCUCUCUUCACCGGUGAGAUGCUACUGAAGAUGUACAGUCUGGGCUUACAGGCCUAUUUCGUCUCCCUUUUCAAUCGCUUUGACAGUUUUGUGGUGUGUGGUGGGAUUCUGGAGACCAUCCUGGUGGAGAUUAAGGUCAUGUCACCUCUUGGCAUCUCUGUUCUGCGCUGUGUCCGUCUGCUCCGCAUUUUCAAGAUCACCAGGUACUGGAAUUCUCUCAGUAAUCUGGUGGCAUCUCUGCUGAACUCAGUGCGGUCGAUCGCUUCCCUGUUGCUGUUGCUCUUCCUCUUCAUCAUCAUCUUCAGUCUGUUGGGAAUGCAGCUCUUUGGCGGCAAGUUCAACUUUGAUGUGACGCGUCGCAGCACCUUCGAUAACUUCCCCCAGUCUCUCCUCACUGUCUUUCAGAUUUUGACAGGAGAGGAUUGGAACUCUGUGAUGUAUGAUGGCAUCAUGGCGUACGGAGGGCCGUCCUUCCCUGGCAUGCUCGUCUGCAUAUAUUUCAUCAUCCUUUUCAUCUGCGGAAACUAUAUCCUCCUGAAUGUCUUCUUGGCCAUUGCCGUGGACAACCUUGCAGAUGCCGAGAGCCUGACAUCAGCACAGAAGGAGGAAGAGGAGGAGAAAGAGAGGAAGAAGCUGGCCAGAUCGGCCAGCCCAGAGAAACGCCAGAACUCUGAGAAACCUCCACUGGAGAAUGAAAAGAAAGAGGAGAAGAUUGAGCUCAAAUCCAUCACCUCAGACGGAGAAACACCAACUGCCACCAAGAUUAACAUAGAUGAAUACACAGGUGAAGAGAAUGAGGAGAAGAAUCCAUAUCCUGUCAAUGAUUUCCCAGCAGGAGAGGAGGAUGAUGAACCAGAGAUGCCAGUGGGUCCUCGUCCACGACCACUCUCAGACAUUCAGCUGAAGGAGAAAGCUGUCCCCAUGCCAGAGGCCAGAGCUUUCUUUAUUUUCAGCCCCUCUAACAAGUUCAGGACUUUGUGUCAUAAGAUUGUAAACCACAACGUCUUCACCAAUUUAAUUUUGUUCUUUAUACUGCUGAGCAGUAUUUCACUGGCAGCCGAGGACCCAGUGAAGAAUUACUCAUUCAGGAAUGAGAUUCUAGGCUAUGCAGAUUAUGUGUUUACAGGGAUCUUCACCAUAGAGAUCAUAUUAAAGAUGACAGCUUAUGGAGCGUUCCUACAUAAGGGUUCAUUUUGUCGGAAUUAUUUUAAUAUUCUGGAUCUGGUGGUGGUCAGUGUGUCUCUGAUCUCCUCUGGAAUUCAGUCAAGUGCCAUUAAUGUAGUGAAGAUUCUCAGAGUGCUGAGAGUAUUGAGGCCCCUAAGAGCAAUCAACAGAGCCAAGGGCCUCAAACACGUGGUCCAGUGUGUGUUUGUAGCCAUCCGCACCAUCGGGAAUAUCGUCAUCGUUACCUCUUUGCUGCAAUUCAUGUUUGCCUGCAUUGGUGUUCAACUCUUUAAGGGCAAAUUCUUUUUCUGCUCAGACACCUCAAAACAGACACAGGCAGAGUGCAGGGGGUUCUACAUACAGUACAAAGAUGGGAAUGUUGGCAAGCCAGAGAAAGCUCAGCGUACUUGGGAGAACAGUGACUUCAACUUUGAUGAUGUCCUGAAGGGCAUGAUGGCUCUGUUUGCUGUGUCCACCUUCGAGGGUUGGCCAGGGCUCCUCUACAGAGCUAUAGACUCCCAUUCAGAGGAUGUCGGCCCUAUCUACAACUACCGUGUGAUCAUCUCUAUAUUCUUCAUUGUCUACAUCAUCAUCAUCGCCUUCUUCAUGAUGAACAUAUUUGUAGGCUUCGUCAUAGUAACAUUUCAGGAGCAGGGAGAGCAAGAGUACAAAAACUGUGAGCUGGACAAGAACCAGCGUCAGUGUGUGGAAUAUGCCCUGAAGGCCCGCCCCCUGCGCAGAUACAUCCCUAAGAACCAAUAUCAGUACAAGGUUUGGUAUGUGGUGAACUCCACCUACUUUGAGUACCUGAUGUUCACCCUCAUCCUGCUCAACACCAUCUGCCUGGCCAUGCAGCAUCAUGGUCAAUCUCAAUCCUUCAACAAAGCCAUGAAUAUCCUCAAUAUGUUGUUCACUGGCCUCUUCACUGUGGAAAUGAUCCUCAAACUCAUCGCCUUCAAACCCAGGCAUUAUUUUGUUGAUGCAUGGAACACAUUUGAUGCCCUUAUUGUAGUGGGUAGUGUUGUUGAUAUAGCCAUCACAGAGGUUAACCCAGCUGACCCCUCCUCCUCUCCCCCCUCCUCUGUGGUAAGACCAAUGGGCCUCCAAAACACUGAAGAUAAUGCUAGGAUUUCAAUCACGUUCUUUCGGCUGUUCCGCGUGAUGAGGCUGGUGAAGCUCCUGUCUCGGGGAGAGGGCAUUCGGACGCUGCUCUGGACCUUCAUUAAAUCCUUUCAGGCUCUUCCUUAUGUUGCUUUGCUUAUCGUAAUGCUAUUCUUCAUCUAUGCCGUCAUUGGAAUGCAGAUGUUUGGUAAGAUUGCCCUGAGGGAUAACAGCGAGAUAAACCGCAACAACAACUUUCAGACGUUUCCACAAGCUGUUCUGCUGCUCUUCAGGUGUGCUACAGGGGAGGCAUGGCAGGAAAUCAUGCUGGCUUGUAUGCCAAACCGUCCAUGUGACAAGGGGUCAGAUGUCGGCCCUCCCAGUGAAGACUGUGGCAGCCAUUUUGCCAUAUUCUACUUUGUUAGCUUUUAUAUGCUUUGCGCCUUCCUGAUUAUUAACCUCUUUGUUGCCGUCAUCAUGGACAACUUCGACUAUUUAACGCGUGAUUGGUCGAUUCUGGGGCCACAUCACCUGGAUGAGUUUAAGAGGAUAUGGGCGGAAUACGACCCUGAAGCCAAGGGUCGGAUAAAGCACCUGGACGUGGUGACGUUACUACGCAGAAUUCAGCCUCCCCUCGGAUUUGGAAAACUUUGCCCACACAGAGUGGCUUGCAAGCGACUUGUGUCGAUGAACAUGCCUCUCAAUAGUGAUGGAACGGUGAUGUUCAACGCAACUCUAUUUGCCCUAGUGAGGACGGCCCUGCGGAUCAAAACUGAUGGUAACCUGGAGCAAGCGAAUGAGGAGCUUAGGGCCAUCGUGAAGAAGAUCUGGAAGAGGACGAGCAUGAAGCUGCUGGACCAAGUUGUUCCCCCUGCUGGAGAUGAUGAAGUAACGGUGGGGAAGUUCUAUGCCACAUUCCUCAUUCAGGAAUACUUCAGGAAGUUUAAGAAACGCAAGGAACAGGGCCUGGUUUCCAAAAUUGCUCCAAAAACUGCUCUUUCUUUGCAGGCUGGCCUGCGUACACUGCAUGAUAUGGGUCCUGAGAUCAGACGAGCGAUAUCAGGAGACCUGACGGUAGAGGAGGAGCUGGAGAAAGCCAUGAAGGAAACCGUUUGUGCUGCCUCUGAGGAUGAUAUCUUCAGGCGAUCUGGUGGCCUCUUCGGUAACCACGUCAACUACUACCACCAAAGUGAUGGCCACACCUCCUUCCCUCAGUCCUUCACAACACAGCGUCCGUUGCAUAUCAGCAAGUCCGGGAGCCCCGGCGAGCCCGAAUCUCCCUCUCAUCAGAAGCUCGUCGACUCCACCUUCACGCCGAGCAGUUACUCUUCCUCUGGAUCCAACGCAAACAUCAACAAUGCCAAUAACACUGCCAUUGGACAUAGAUACCCUAAACCUAUCGUCAGCACAGUGGACGGACACACAGGGCCACCUCUCGCAACCAUCCCACUGCCACGGCCCAUAUGGUGCUUUCCCAACAAGAGCUCUGAUUCCAGUGACAGUCGUCUCCCUAUAAUACCGCGAGAAGCAUCCACAGAUGAGACGUAUGAUGAAACAUUUCUAGAUGAGAGAGAUCAGACCAUGCUCUCAAUGGACUUGUUGGAGUUUCAGGAUGAAGAGAGCAAGCAAUUGGCUCCCAUGGAAGAGGCGGAUAUGGGAGAGGAGAGGAGGCCAUGGCAAUCUCCACGGCGACGAGCAUUUCUCUGUCCCACUACACUGGGUCGACGGUCUUCCUUUAACUUGGAGUGUCUGAGAAAGCAGAGCAGACCUGAUGUUUCUCAGAAGACAGCACUACCACUGCACCUAGUACAUCAUCAGGCUUUGGCCGUGGCGGGGUUGAGUCCCUUGCUGAGACGGAGUCAUUCUCCGACUUUGUUCACGCGUCUGUGUUCUACACCCCCUGCGAGUCCGAGCGGCCGUAGUGGGGGAGGGCCGUGCUACCAGCCGGUUCCGUAUCUCCGGCUAGAGGGCAGCGGAUCAUACGAGAAGCUCAAUAGCAGCAUGCCAUCUGUGAACUGCAGCACAUGGUACAGUGACAGUAAUGGCAACCACAGUGGGGCCGGGCACAGGACACAGCGGCCCGUGUCCCUCACGGUUCCUCCAAUCACACGCAAAGACUCUACAUCCCUGGCACACGGGAGCGCCUGCAGCCUUGUGGAGGCGGUGUUGAUAUCUGAGGGUUUGGGUCGCUAUGCACAGGAUCCCUCCUUCAUCCAGGUAGCAAAGCAGGAACUUGCAGAUGCCUGUGACAUGACCAUGGAGGAGAUGGAGAACGCUGCCGAUAACAUUCUCAAUGCCAAUGCCCCGCCGAACGCCAACGGAAACCUGCUACCCUUCAUACAGUGCAGAGACACUGGUUCGCAGGAGUCUCGUUGCAGUCAUGCACUGGGGCUCUCAAUGGCCACUGGGCCUGAUGAGCUACUGGGGGCAGAGUUAGACCACUCUGAGGGGGAGGGGCAGCGGAACAGCACUCUGAUUGAGGAUGAGGACAUGGAGUGUGUGACGAGUUUGUAGGGGGAACAGCAGCACAGAGGACUUCCUGUGUCUUAGCCCAGCUCUCUCGGAGGACACUGCUGUCCUUCAGUCUGACUCGUCUGUUGAGUGUAACUGCUGUAGGGGUAUAAGGCCAUUCUGCUUCGCUGAAACCGAGUUGGUUUUUAGUUGUCUGUGUUUGCGAGAGCACGAGCGAGUAGGCGCGUGUACGUGUUUGUUUGUGUGUGUGUGUGUGUGUGUGUGUGUUUCUAAAGUGCCUCACAGUUCUCACAACCUUGAUUAAGGGAUUGCAGUAAGGAAGAAAUUAAAAAACCCUGACUGAGCAGGGGAUGAAGGGAAAAGAUGUGCUGUUGCUCAUUGAGUGGGAUCCGUUUGCUGGGCGCCUGUGGGACAUAGCGAGUCCUGUGUGUGAUGGAAGUCACCUUUAAGACUUAACAGGCCCCUCCUCCUCUCCUGCCGUUCUUCAGCGUGGCUGUGGUGCUGAGCAGGUGGAUCAUGAGGGCUGAGGCUGGAGUUUUUCGUCCCGGUGCCAUCGCAAGUUCGAGAUACUCAGAGAGAAAUACCGGACAAACUGGAUCGGUGAACACCACUCAGAUACAGCCGCUCUCUCUCCUUUUACGGGGCUGUCCUUCCGUUCAUCAGGAGAAGUGCCGUUUGCUACCACCCUCACAUCACUCUUCUCCUUUAAAAAAAAUGUUUUUCUUUAUGACUUUAGUUGCGUUUUGGAUUUAUGAUUUCUACACGCAGUUCUCUAGUUAAGCUUGCACAUAGCUUUUCAGUUAUUAGUGGAAAGACUGAUCUCCCUGAAUUUCUCUCUCUUAUGUACCGGUACGGCUUUGAGGUAGCUGCUAGCUGUGAAAGGUACAGGUCAUUGUAUCAGUGGCCUUUUAUUCCAAAUCCACUUCUGUAUUCUGGAAAAAAAAAAAUAGCUGGGGGGUGGGGUACUUGUAACAUUGUUUUUCUUGCAUAUUGAUUUUUUUUUCUAAAUUAUUAUUAUUAUUGAAGGCAUUCAAGAUGUUUAUGCCGGAUGCAGUGUUGUAUUUCUGAAAGAUGUGACUCUAAUGCCUCGUACAGAAAAAACAAUAUUUAUUUAUUUAUUCUUGUCAGAGUUGAAGCAUGUUCAGAGGGGUUCAGUCUGUCUUAUGAUGUUUAUAGGUUGCUCACAAGCUGUAAUUGAGCAGUGUAACUCACCUGCAUGCAGGUAGCACUGGCAGGUCUCAUGGUUUCCCUUACUGCUGUUGGAUUGGACUCAUGUUUGUUCCGAAACUACUGACGUUUCCUCACUGCUGAUCUACAAAAACAUUCAACAAUGUUAUUGAAACGCUGUGAUUCUGUCAUUGAUCCCGCCUGCUCCACACAGGAAACAGCAGAGCUCCUGAAGGUCAGUCAAGGUGCCCUUUGAGGAGAGAGGGUGGAGUUUUCAGGGAUGUCUGGGUAGCGCAUCAUUUUAAAAACUCUAAUGUAGUUCUCACAGGGCUAAAUAUAUUACCAUCAUACCAACUCAGCAGUAUCAUAAUCAUACAAAGUUAUUAAUUACUAUUAUUAUUAUUAUUACUACUAUUAUCGUUAAGAAUAUUUUUUUUUUUACUGCUGGGGUUUAGCACUGUAUCCAUGCAGUUUGGCAAAUACAACCUACUUUUUGAUCUAUUAUGCAAAUAAGCAUUAGCUUUGUGUUGGUAGUGUGUAAACAGGAUGAGGGCAUCCACUAAACACAUCCACUAAUGAAAACCCUGACCAAUCCGCUUCCAGGAGUCUUUGUUUAUGAUUAUAUGAAUCUCUCUUUCCAUAUAUGAAUAGAUAAUUUACUAUUUUUGUCUGGCUGAAUCUUUCUUGUUUUUAUACCGAAUGUCCUGGAUUUGCCUGGUGUUUCAUUCCAGGACCUGGACAAUGAAAUCCUGCAUUACAUACAUACCUAUUUUAAUUUAUUUUACCGGCCCUGUGCUUUUGUUUACGAAUAAGAUCCUGGAUGUUUACAGGAGGUCACUGCUCUGAAGAUAAUGCAAAGCUUGUGAAAAAAAAAAAAAAUGGAAAAAUGUAGCCAGAACCCACCUGCUCUGUUCCAAAGCCACCACCACACCACAUCUCCUACACACACGUGCCAUGUGUCAUUGUGCGGCUGCCCCAGGCAUAAAUUGAGGCCUUGGUUGUGAAUGUGUGUGUCUGAGUGUGUUUAUCCGAGUUUAGUAUAUGCAGAGUGCAGAACUGAGUAUGUAUGUGUGCAAGUAUUCAUGUGUGGUACGAACGCUGUGUUUGUAUUAGUGUUUAGUAUAUGCAGAAUGAGUGUGUGCGUGCAUGCGUAUGUGCUUGCAUAACACAAGAUAUGCAAAAACAAUGCAAUAACUUUGACUGUACAACAGUUUCAUUCAGAACUACAGCUGUACAAAAAUUUAAGAUAUCUAGAGAGAAUAUAUUCACUGUUGUGUAUCAAGUUACAGAACUUUAAAUUGAAGAAACCUGUCAUACUUGAAAUCGGGUGCAUUUGAGUAUUGAGUCUUUUGAAAUAAUCUUGUGCGGGUCAGUUUGGUUUGAUGUUUUUUUCUUCUGUUGGUUUAAAUUAUCCCUGCAUGAGGAUUAUUUUGGUGUGCCAAGCUUUUAAUAACUUUUUUUGGUUUUCAUCUUAAACAUUGAGGAAACACCGAUGAUGAUGAGGAGUCUAAUGAAUCAUGAAGGUGUAAAUAGAGAUGGAGGAGAGAUGCGUCUUGUGGUGUGAAACUGAUUUUGCAUAUCUUGUGCUCAUCCAGCUGAAAGGUGCAUGAUACGCAAGAGCAGCUCUCUUUCACUUUUUCCUAUUACUUUCCCUCUUUCCUUGUUUUCUUUCCAUUCACUCACCCUCCUGUUUUUCAGCAGACAUCACAGUGAAAGUCUUAUUUCAGUACCCACGCAGGUUUACAGGCUUGCUUUGAUUUCAGUGUGAAUUUUGUUGGUCAUUUACCUGAAUUAUCGCCAUUUGUGAGGCUGCCAUGAAAUAUUAGAAAUCCCAUCGAUUUUAUGGGUAAUUUUUCAUGUCUCAUGGACAAUCUGCAUUUUGGGGAGGAUACUUGAUCUGAAUGGGGAUACUUGAGGUCUGAAAAAUGGACCUAGCAGACAGGCUCCUCCUCUCCGGUCAUUAGCCAAUGAUUGUAUAUUUUUCUAUACUAUAGAGAAGAAUUACCACACACAAGAGAAAAUAUAAACAUCUAUAUCUGCUGAAUGUCAGGGUUGAGAAUGUAUGUAGUGACUUAUACGUAUAGAUAGAAAUUACAUUUUUUGAUAUAGAGAAUUAUAGAGUAAAGCAUUCGUAUUCACUGCAGUAGCUUCUUUUGAAAUUCCAGUUGUACGAUGGCCUAUUAAGCCGGACGAUUGGGCGUUCAUCGAGGGAGGAGUGCAAUGAGAUUAAUCAUGUGAUUUAGGAUCGCAGGGCUUUUCAAAGCUGCUUUAUUUUAAAUUGACACAUCACAUUCCUUUCUGAGCACAUGCACACGAUAGAACAGUCUGGAUAAGCUUCAACAUUCAUUACACAAUAACAGCCCCUGUAAUGAAUGAAAUGCUGAGCAUCGGCAAAUGAAAAGAUGGUGGGUCUACCAGAGACUGCCUGAGACUGCCCAAAUCAUUUAAAUGUAGCUUUCCUUCUCUCAGAGAAUCACAAGUUAUUUUAUAUAUUUGAAUAUAUGAGAAAUAUAUAUCAAAUGGAUAUUUAGAUGUUACACACUUGUAAAGGGUACAGCCAAAGUUGGAUGGGGAAGGGUGGAUCUGUCCACUGAUGGACUCUUGAUUGGUUGCGGUGUAUUAUUUAGUUUACUAUUUGUAGCAGAGGCAAGCACACAAGUUUUCCCGAGAAUAUAGUUAAAGUUGUAAAAACAAUAAGCGACUGAAAGAUCUUGCUUUGUAUCUUUUUGGCAACAUGGACUGAUUUAAAGCGUGAUGUGUUUGGAAAUGUACAACCCUCGUAAAAUAGGAAAACAGACUUUUUUUUGGUUUUGUAUUGUUGGAAAUAAUCCAUUUUAAAUGAGCAGCAAUGAUACAUGAUUGAAAUCCUUCAAAUCCACAACAUUUUACAGUAAACUGCAGUACUACUUACCAAGUUUUUCCAAGGCAUUUUACUGUAGUUUCUUUAUAUUAGGGUGAUCGUUUUUAUUUGGACGCAUCCGGUAAUGAAGGACCAAUAAGGGUUUCCUUUAAAGGAAAGAUUUUCAAAAUGUUAAUAUUAAUUAGCGGAUUUAUUAAGGAAGUCUGUAUUCCAAGCAUUUGGCUGGGCAGUCCUGCGUAUGGUUUUCUGGGUUAGCGUGCUUUUACGGAAACUCUGCAUGUAUCAGACUGAAGGAACGUGCUGUGGGGUUGACCUUUGACCCAGAGAUAGCCUGGACAGGUGCAAUGUCUGCCCUCUGGUUUAUCCUUUGUGUAGCACGUAUCUCUAAUGUCCUCCUUUUAUACGACUGUUAAUUUGAUAUUAUAAUAAGUUAAUGUAGUACGUUAAUGAGUUUUAACGAUUAACUAAAAGCUUUUGUGGUGAUGCAAUAAUCACAAUUUGCACAUUUAAACCACAUUUAGUUUGAUACAUCUUACACAUAAUCAAAGGAUGAAUUUAUGCAUAGAUUUUAGAUUGUGUAAAUAUUAAUUUCGCCCUAAGCUCAAAAUGUCAAUCUUGCCAUAGUUUCAUUAAGACAGAUGGGAUGAUACAUGACUGCAGAUUUGUUUCUUUUCCUGCAGAAGGCAAGACAGGUCUUCAGGUGUGCGUUAGCAUUAAUAUCAGUGUUUUUGAUACACUGAUGACAUUUGGAACCCAAAUUCAUGGGUAGGUUAGUAUUAUUGUGUUGUUUUCCAGUACAAAUAUCAAGUUAAUACGACUUGUUCAGAGAAUGUAUCUUGAAAUAUGUUUUUAUUACCACAAUCGCAAAUAGUUUUUUUUUGUAUUGUUUUAAGCAAAAACCAAUUUGGUGAGGCUAAUGCUUAAAACCCCACAUAUAUUUAAGGAUAUUUAUAUAUUUUACUGGAAAGCAUGACAAAAAUACUUAUUUAGAAAAUGAUUGCAGAAUGCGGAAGAGUUUAUCUAAACCAAUAAGAGGCUUUUGAGUGACAUUUCCCCGCCUCCAGUUCCACCCUGUGAAUGUAGCACUAGAGACCAAAAGAGAUGUGUGGAACAUUAAAGAUUUUAAUGAGGAGCUCUUAAAGGUUGUACAAGUACUUAUUGCACAAAUUUAUAUGUAUGGCUGAAGUGAAAUGUUUUAACAAUUUAUUUCAAUCACAUCCUGCUUUCUGCAGAGGAGAAGAAAAUGUUUUGAUUGAGUCGAGUGUAUCGAGCUUUGGCCGAGUUGCUUUCUACUGGUUGGUUCUCUCUUUCUCUAAUGGGUGGCAGGACUGAGGGAGAUAAUUUAUUGACAGCACCGCAAUGCAACCCGUGGUUCUUUAUGUCUAGAGCAAUGUUAUAGAAACUGUAAUCUGUGUUACACUAUUGUUCCAGCAUUUGGGGGCUGAUUUGGUUCAUGUUUAACUAUCAAAGAUGAGUCAUCACACACAAAGGGAGGAAUUUUAGAACAGAUUGUCUCUAUUGUUUUAUUUUGAUGACCACUUGAGCAGCUUUCGUAGUUUUAAUUAUGACGGUGUGGAUGGGAUAUGUAGUCUUGAGGUCCUGAGUUGGAUGUUAAAUUUAAGAGCUGAACAGAACUAAAUUAGAUGUGUCUUGUGCUUUUGGUAGACUUCGAAGGCAUCAGUGCUGACCAUUCAGGUCUCUCAAGAAACACCGUCAGAGGUCAUUCAUAUUUUGGUAUAUUUAAUCAACUUUAGAGCCCAGGUGUUAUUGAAACCUCAGUGAGACGUCUGCAUGGUCUGUCAUUCCCUCCUUUUGUUUCAUUUCCAUCAUUCAUUUGUUCAUUUAGAUUUUAAAAGAACACGCUACGUAAAUCUGAAGAUUAAAUCACUUUUUCUACUCCUAUUUUCAAAAAAAAAAACUAAAAAAAGUGAAAAUAAAAACCAACAAAAAAAAAAUUUGAUUUGUAAAUAAGUAAUUGUACAGUUUGUAUCUGUAUCUGUCAGUCUGUCUUUGGUGACAGAGUGUGUCUUGCUUAUAACGCACGCUACCAGUAAAUAAAAACGAAAAAAAUAUCUUUAGAUUGUAUGGUUCUUGACAGGAAGUUUUAAAUUAAUCUCUGCUGUAUAUUCCUGUAAUAUUGCAUUUUUAUCUGAGGAAUGAUGUUAUUAAAGAAU